GCUGCCCGACCGGAGAGAGUCAGUCAGUGAGUCUCCGCAGUCAUCGCUCCUACUUGGGGACCGAGUCUCGACAAUCCCUUCAGAAAGCAGUCAGACAGGGAAGGCAGUGAUCCGAGUCCACCAGUGACGUGGCUCUAGUGUGAGAAGUUUCCAUGUAUCUGAAGUUUUGAGCUUCAGCAUGGGUUCUUCAGCCUAUUGGUCUGUAACUGUGACUGUGGUGUGCGCCUUGGCGUGUCGUAGCUCCGCCCUCGUCGGUUAUUCAACAUCAGAUGGCGGCAACGAAGGAGUUGACGAUGGUGACUUCGCAGCCGCCAUCGACAGGAAUAUCCGAGCAGCAGCUGAAGGUAUUGUUGACAUCCUUGGUGCUUCACUGAACACGAUGAAGACAGAGCUGACCUCGCAGCUGGAAGCCGUCCAAACCGACCUCGAGGCGCAGCUGGAUCGACUCGAGACUCGACUGAUGACUCGCAUCCAGCGUCUCGGAGCGCAGGUGAAUGACGUCACUCCUCAGAUGACGUCACAGAUUCGUGACGUCCAGACGGCUCUGACCCAGCAGAACACUGACCUAUCGGCGCGUCUGCAGGACACCCAGACGCAGCUGCAGAACCAGCUGGACGUCGGAUCGGACACCAUGUUCUCCCAGCUGGUGGACAUGCAGUCGCAGUUGCUGACGGCACUGCUGACCCCUCGCGAUUGCAGUGACCUCCCCGACUCGGCGAGGAGCGGCGUCUACCUGCUGUGGCCGAGUCCGAACCGCGCGGUGCCGGCCUACUGCGACCUCAGUACCGCCGGAGGACGGUGGACGAUCAUCCAGCGCCGCGCCGACAUUCGCCCCAGGACUGACUUCAAUCUCGGCUGGGAGGCUUACGGCCGCGGCUUCGGCGCAGUGCUGGGAGAGUUCUGGUGGGGCAACGAGAACCUCUACCGCCUGACGGCCAUCCAGGGUCGCCACUACGAGCUGAGAGUCGAACUGGAGAGCGCAGACGGCGAGACGAAGACGGCGACGUACAGCACCUUCCUAGUGUCGGGGGUGACGGACGGCUACCGUCUGACCGCGUCGGGCUACUCGGGUGACGCCGGGGACAGUCUCUCCGGCAGCUCGGGUCACAAGUUCUCCACGAGGGACCGGGACCAGGACGGCAGCGAGGACCACUGCGCCACGCUGUGGGAAGCAGGGUGGUGGUACGGCGCCUGUCCCCACAGCAACCUCAACGGGCCGUACCUGACGCCGGUCAACUCCAGCAGCCUGUACGGCGUGGUGUGGCCGGAGUGGCUGCAGGACGCCUCGCUGAAGGCCGUGGAGAUGAAGAUCAGACCGACCGAGUCGCCCGCCACCGGGGUCGUGAGUGAGCCGUACCAACAGAACUGAUAGGUGUUCUUCUUUAUCUCGUCACCAGUCCGCCGUAUUUGGCGACUCGCAGGCGCUGCAUGAAACGACAAAGCAUUUUAACAUUUAGUUCAAGUUCGACAAUUGUAGUUAUAAAUGGACAAGUAUUGUAUCGAUAGUACAUGAACCUCCAGGCAUACGGCGCUGAAGAAGUCAAUAGACGAAACCGUUACGCCUUAAAUGUAACUGUUUUUAUAGUUUGAUUCGUGGAGCCUGGAGGUUCAUGUACUAUCGAUACAAUUAGUUCAAGUUAUCGGUGAGCUUUCAUGUUUAGUCGGCUGCCUGUCGUUUGUCACUGAGUGAGCUGAGACAACCCGUAUGAGAUGAGGAUUAUCGGAAAAUAUCGAUCGCAGAGCAAUCGCUGAACCGGAGAGGCCCAAUGAGAAGUUAGGUAACAUGCAUGCUUUGUCUUGAAUAUUCAUCAAAUAUCUGUUAGUUUAUCGUAGGACCGUUGAAAAACGUCAACUAUAGCAUCCGCCCAACUAUACGGGGGAUGUAACUUGAAAUUACAUAGUGUGAGAUCCGCGCGCGUCACUCACCGAGCAAAGACUGGCCGCCAGCGGGCGGCGCCCCGCGACCUCCGAGGCGCAGGUCACGUGACGGCGGCCGCCAUAGGCGGAGGCAGGCUCUCAAGCCUGGAAGGCUGGAGCUCGCCUCUCACACCUUCCCCUCCUCGUAGAUUUUCCUCUUUCCGUCCUCUUCCUCCCCCCCCCCCCCGGAGCCGCCGGUCUUACUGCGUCCACUGGCCCUCCGGCCAUCUGGACGCCGGCUUGCGUUGCCGGCUGCCCCGACGGGGAGGUGGGACACCAGAUGCUGCCUCGGCUUCCUCGUCCGAUUCGUCCGACGCUGACGACGAUAGCUCCGAUGUACGGACCGUCCCAGCGGGGCUGCAGCUUCCCCGGUCGACCCGGCUUUGGAGGACAUCGCUGGAACACCAGGUCCCCUUUCUUGUACCGGGCGGCGUGCGCAUUCCGGCUACUGAGCUCCUGACGCCGCCGUUUCGUCCUCUCUUCCCGUUCCACUACAGUGGCGUGAGCUGCCUUCAGCUCCUUUGUCAGUCGUUCAACCCAUGAGUUGGCGUCCGGCGGCCGUCCGGUCGGCUCCACCCUCUCAGCCAGGCGCGGUGUACGGGGCUCACGGCCAAACUGGAGAUAGAAAGGCGAAUGUCCGGUUGCCCUGUGCUCAGCUGUCAUAUACUGAAACCGAACCAGCGACAGGUGAUCAUCCCAGUCACCUACUUUUUCCUGGGCCAUUCUUCGGAGCAGCGAUCCCAGCGUUUGGUUACACCGCUCUACAGCACCAUUGCUCUGUGGGUGAAACGCACUGAUUCUCUUCCGGUCAAUGCCGACCGCUCGUGCCAGUGUCAGAAAGUACUGGUUGUCGACUUCCAGACCACGAUCAGUCAGCAGAGAUUCAGGCAGCCCGUGUCUAUAGAAAACAUUCUCAACCAGCGCUUCAGCCACCGUUUUGGCGGAUUUAUCAGGAAUCGCGACUAACUCAACCCCUUUAGUGAGCAGAUCCAGUGCCACAAGAAUAAACCGAUUACCUCGGGCGGUGGGUGUGACGCCGAUCGGUCCCAUCAGGUCCAAUGACACGUGCUGCCAGGCCUCGGUUGGCUGGGUUGUUGCCGACAGCGGAGCGCGGUACCUUCGGUGGGGGUCGUUGGCCUUAGCGCACGUAACGCAGCUGCGGCAGUAGUGCUUCACGUCUUCCUUCAUCGUUAGCCAGCCGUAACCAGCCUGUCGUAGCAGCACCCCAGUCCUUUUCGCUCCGAAGUGUCCAGCAUCAUCAUGCUUAAGACGAAGAGCCAGCGAAAUGAACUUUUCAGGAACAAUAAGCAUUUCCUUCUGCUUCCUCGUAGCCACCAACAGGCCGCUUCCCGGUUCGAUUUUCGGUUCCCAGCCCAAUUUCCUCCACUUCACCGUCUCUGGUCCAUUGGUGCGCUUUAGCCUGAUCUCACUGUACAGCUUCUUCAAACACAAGUCCUCUUGUUGAGCCGAGACCAUGUCGACUUCGUUCACCAUGCUCAGAGUUCGUGGUUCAUGUUCCUGUGUGACACAGACACGUAAUCUGGAUAUGGCAUCAGCAUGUGAGUUGCUUGCCCCUCUGCGAUAUUCCACGUCAAAAUCGAACUCUUGAAUUUCUUCAAGCCACCGAGCGUAGCGGCCUCGAGGAUCUCUUGUGUUAUGUAGCCACGUCAAGCUUCGAUUGUCUGUAAACCAUUUGAACUUUUUUCCAAGGAGGUACGGUCGGAAUUUCCGCAACGCAACCACGAAAGCAAAGGCCUCUUUAUCACGAAUGUGCCAGUUCUUCUCGUUGUCAGUAAACGCUUUCGAUGCAAAGCAGACUGGUCUGUCCCUACCCAAAUCGUCUCUCUGAGAAAGAACACAUCCCAAGCCUGUAUCCGAGGCGUCUGUACUGACCUCAAACUCCUUCUGCAUGUUCGGGAACUGUAGAGUGGUGGUCUCGCUGAGGGCCCUCUUCAAGCCUUCAAAUGCCGCUUCGCGCUCGGCAUCCCAUGUAAACUUCGCCUUUCCCGAAAUCCUGUGCAGCGGCGCUGCUACCCGUUGAAGGUCAGGGACGAAGUCGUUAUAGUAAGCACAGAGACCGAGGAAUGAGCGCAACUCCUUCGUGGACGUAGGUCUGGGCCAGGAUCUGAUUACCGCCACCUUUUCCGGGUCCGGCUCCACUCCAUCACCAACCAGAUGCCCGAGGAAACGGAGCUUCCGCCGACAGGCAACCACCUUCUUACUUUUCACCGUCAACCCAGCCUGCUUCAGUCGUUCCAGCACCGCUUCCAACAGCGACAGGUGCUCCUGAAAAGAUUUGCCACCGAUAAUGAUAUCGUCCAGAUAGGCCGUCACUCCGUUACCCAACAGACCCCGCAGUGCAUCAGCAAUGAGCCUUGUGAAGCAGCUCGGCGCAUUCUUCAAUCCAUAUGGCAUGACUAGAAAUUCCCAGUGGUCUGUUUCCGUGCAGAAUGCAGUCUUUUUACGAUCUUCCGGUACGAUGGGAACCUGCCAAUACGCUGAAUUCAGAUCCAGAGUUGUGUACAAUCUUGAACCGGCUAGGCUGUCCAAACAUUCGCGUACUGUUGGGAGGUAUGCCACUUCUGUUGCCGUUUUUGCAUUGAGAGCGCGAUAGUCGAUGGCAAACCGAUAAUUGCCGUCACCCUUUUUUACCAGUAGCAGUGGAGCUGACCAAGGCGAGUUGGACUUCUGAAUGACACCCUGCCGUUCCAUUUUCCGUAUCUGAAUCGCAACUUCUUCACGCAAAUGGUAUGGAGUGCGCCGGGCUGGAACAGCGACAGGCGGACAGUCCCCUGUCACAAUCCUGAAUUCCCUGAGAUGUGUCUUGCCCAGUUCGUCAUCGUUAUUUGCAAACGUGUCUCGAUAUCUGCUGAACAGCUUCUCAACACUUCUCUUCUCUUGUUCGUUUAUCUCCGCGCUGCUAAGGUCAACUUGCGCUGGUCCGGGUCGACAGGCCCUCAGACUCUGCUCACCCUCGGUCACCUGGAUAGCUGUGACUUCCCCCAGCGUCAUGUUACCGUAUAGGCGAACUGACUGAUUACCACGGUUUGAUACCAACAGAGGCAUUCUGUUCAUAGGACCGGACCGAACUACUGUGGGCGGUAGCGUUACUCCCAAACGUAGGCUGCUUGCAGCGUCUGGUUCAAAGACAACGUCCCGCUCAUUCGCGCCGAAGUCCACGGCACUGACCUCCACCACCCGCUCAGAGUGCGGCUCCAGAAGGCAGUCGUGUCCCAGACGCACCUGCACAGAGUGCACCGGCGCUCCACUGGCGCGCGCCUCCAACGGCAGCCGGUGGCCUGCAAGCUCCAACACACGAGCCUCAAAAUCAACUGAAAACUGCCCGAACUUCUGAAGUACAUCAUUUCCCAAAAUACCAGGAGCUGACAAAUCCUCGACAACCCACACCUUAAUGCCGUGCCGAAUCAGUCCUGGUCCUAACAUUACGUCAGUCCAUAACGCACCCAGACACACCAGCGGCGAGCCGUUGGCGGCCACGAGUCUAACAUCAGCGGGUUCGUGGUGCAUCGCCUGAAUCCCCGGCAGGGAGGCUGACACACAGGUGGCUGACGCGCCCGUGUCCACCAUCCACGUGCAGUCCAGCUUCCCAAUUUUUCCCCGUACGUGUAGCGUGUUCGACGUCCUUAGGGGAGCUUCCAUUGUCCCAGAGGCCGCCGCUCGCUCCGUGGCAGCGACCCUUCUCAGUUUAAAUAUGUUGUAGAGCACUGGUAGCGGGUGUGCCCGAAUUCGCCACACGCCCAGCAUACCAGGGGCGCUGGCCGUCCGCGGCCCCUUGCCAGAGGCGCGCGCGUGCACCACCUUUGCACGUGACCUGGCUCGCCACACGUCCAGCACGUGACUCCCCGUGCGUCAGUGUCACAUCCCCGCCCCGCUCCGCCGUGGCCGACCUCCCAGGUCCCGACCCUGUGCGCGCCACUGCGCCCAGCCGCUGUCCAGACAGGGGCGGCCGGCGGCGCCCCGAGCGGGACACGUGACCCACGCCGGGCCGCUCCACCGCGACCCGGCUCAGCGCCGCCGCCGCGUCCGAGCACCGGCACAGCCGCGCGGCCCCGACCAGCAUCGACGAAGCGCAUGGCGUUGACAGCCUCUGUCAGGGUUUGCACCUCGGAGCGAAGCGCAGCAAUCUGGUCCGGCUUCCCAGACUGCUCGGCAACCUGACAAACGUCCGCUUUUCCCUUCCGCAGCCCCAUAGCCUCCUCAAUUGCCCUCGCAUGGGUUGGCAAAUCUUGGAUAUUAGCGUCUGGGAACUGUAGACGGAGCUGCCCAGCCACCCCGCUAUCAAUACCCGACAGGAACGUCGACUUAAUCAGAGCCAUCCCCACUGCCGAAUUCUCAUCGGUGUUGGACUGACCUGGGCUCGAUGCAUAGGCAGAUUGAAACAGUACUCGAAGCGCUGAGAGAAACAUGCCGUACGUCUCACCGUCCCGCUUCCGUCUGGUCAGGAACUGCCGCUGGCUCUGUUGGGUUGUGUCGCCGAACUCUCUCAGCAGGGCUGCCUUCAGAUUCGUCACAGAGCUCUUGUCCGUAUCGCUGAGCGAGUCGAUGACGCUGAUGCGAUGACCGAGUCCCAGAAGAGUCUUCCCGAUGGUCUUCUUUUCAUCCCCCAACAGCGCAUAGGCAUCCACGCGCCGCAAAUAAUCCUGUAUCGUCUCUCCUUCCCCCCACACCAGCUUGUCCGAGCCUCGUUCUGCCAUAAUCAAUGUCCACACUCCACACAGUGCGUCUGUUCACCGAGUACGCACGUCCAAUCACCGGCGAUGCACCGUUCACUACGCUGCCACCAGUGUGAGAUCCGCGCGCGUCACUCACCGAGCAAAGACUGGCCGCCAGCGGGCGGCGCCCCGCGACCUCCGAGGCGCAGGUCACGUGACGGCGGCCGCCAUAGGCGGAGGCAGGCUCUCAAGCCUGGAAGGCUGGAGCUCGCCUCUCACAAUAGAAAUACUUCGCUCAAAAUGUUGAGCGGGAGAUAACUGCAAUAACUAUGUGGAAUACUCAACGCCAUAAAACCGCAACAGCACUGGAAUGAUGAGUAUCUUUAUUUCACACAACAUAAGUGAGAACAUGUGUCAAACCUCUUCUCGGUUUCUAAAUAAGAAUUUGAUCAAGCGACAAGUUUAUUUGAGCAUACUGCAUACUCGUGAUAAAUACGUUAAUGCAUUAAAAUCGCA